CGAUCGGUUCAGAAGCUUUCUGCAAGCGUAUCCCGAAUUUCCGAUUCACUACGUUCAGGUGUUUUCUACGACGCAGCGUAGCACGCAGCGUUACUCGCAGCGGAUCCGACUCUCCUGUGGACCUAAUUCCGAUGGCGUCCCAGCAGCAGCAGCGAUUCCAAGUGAAGGUCUCUGGCCAGGGCGAGGGUCAGGGCGAGGAAUCGAAGAUGGUGGCAUCAGGAACCAUCGAACCUGAGUCCACGGGGAUGCCUUCGGGUCAACCUGGUCAGUCGUACGGUCAACCUGGUCAGUCGUACGAUCAACCUGGUCAGCAGUACGGUCAACCCGGUCAGCAGUACGGUCAAUACGGUCAGCCCAGUCAGCCGUACGGGCAGCAGCAGUACGCGCAGCAGUACCCUCAGCCGUUCAGUCAACCAUACGCUCAGCCGUAUCAGGCGUACAGCAAGGAAGAAGAGCCCCUCGGUACUGGUGGAGUUACACGUGCGCACGGAACCACACAUGUAACGCCACAUGAAACGGCAGCAGGCGGAGGACUGGCCAGGGGAGUUGGAGUGACGCCGCAUGAAACGUCGUCAACCAUAAGGGCGAAGGAACAGGAGAUGCGAGAAGCCGGGCGACCGGAAAUGGUGGCGACGACAGGAAAGGACACCCUACCAGAAAAGGCAUACGAAGCAGCACAGGAGGGGGCGGAAAUCCCCAGGCAGCUGGCGGGGGAGAUAACCGGGCGAGCGGGACAGAUGGCCGGGCGAGCAGGGGAGGUAACCGGCCAGGUAGCUGGUCGUGCCCCAGAGAAAGGCAAGGAGCUGGGUGAGAAGGCGUUGGAAGUGGUGCAGGAGGCUGGGCAAGUGGCGACUAAGCAGGCCAGGGAAGUGGGGGUGGUGGCGAGUGAGGUGAUCCGCCAGGCGUACCGCAAGUGGAUGGGCGCAGUGGAGGAGGGGGAGGAGGAGGAGGAGGAGGAGGAGGAGGGAGAGGGGAGGGAGGGAGGUGUGGGAGAGAAGGGGAGGGAGAUGGUGGAGAGGCUUGGGAGUGCCAAACACCUCGUUGCCCCUAUCAUCCCGGGUGGUGCUGGGGUUUCCACUGCUGGAGUUGGGCCGGGGAGUGAGCAGGGCGCAGAGACCUCUGCAUACAAAGCAGGGAAGGAACGUGUAAAGAGCGCUUUAGAGGGGAUUGCAGGGGGGACUGGUGGUGGUGGUGUGGGAAGUGGGCAUGAGACACGUGUGCCGGGGCUGGAUGAAACUGGAGUUGAAACGCGUACAGCUGGUGCUGGGACAAUCCCUGGAGCAGGGCUUGUGACAGGCGUUGCUGACGUGGCAAGGAGGGCUGUGGGGACCACAGCAGAGACGGCCAAGGGGAUUGCAGGAACGACUGCUGACACUGCAAGCAGGGCGAUGGGGGCUACAGCUGCUACAGCAAGCAGGGCGAUGGGGGCUACAGCUGCUACAGCAAGCAGGGCGAUGGGGGCUACAGCUGAUACAGCAAGCAGGGCGGAAGUUUCUGGGAAUACAGCGGAGUCUGGCAAGGGAAUACUGGGUAGUGCCAUGGGGGCGGUGCAGAGUGUUGUGGGCGGUACUGCUGACGUGGCAAAGCACGCUGCUGAGCAGACUGUGCUGUCGGUGCUGGAAGGAGCAGAGGAAACUGCGAAGGGUGUUGUGAGCACGGUCACAGGAGGGUUCAUUGGCGGGGGAGGGAGCAAGCACACCUUUGCUACCAGCGGUGCUACUGGUGGUGCUAGGGGCGUUGGCGUUGCUGGCAGUGGUGCUGGUGGGGUGGUAAGACAGCAGGCAGUGGCAGGGAUGGCAGGAGAAGGAGAGGUGGCUACAGUGGGAGGGGGGAAGCAGACAGUGGCUGCAACAGGGGGGGGAGAGGAGUCUGCAGCAGUAGCAGCAGGGCCAGGGGGGAAGGUGGCAGCAGUGGGGGGAGCAGGUGCAGUGAGGGGAGCAGUGGAGGAGGCAGCUCGCCCGGAGAUGGAGUCAGACGCGUGAGGUGAUGAACUGUGAGGGGUUUGUGAACUAUGGUGGGUAGGGAAGGGUAGAACGCAUGGUCGAGAGGGGAUACGACGCUGGCAUAUGAUUCUUGUGUUAUGUGGACUGUAUGACCUGCUCCCCGUGUCCUCCCCUGUUUGUCGACCCUGCAGAAUUGACCUGGUCAGUGCCGGUUGUCGUGGAUUUGCUUGAGAGCCGACUGUGACAUGCUAGUGGUUGGCUUUGUGAUGCUCAGGCAUGUGUGGUGGAUGUGUUUCCUUGCCAUGCUCUCUUGGAAGGACAAGGAGAUGAUGCUGUAUAUAGCCUAUCUUGAAUGGAUUUUGU